AUGAAUAUAGAAGGAACGAAUACAGAUAGACGUAUGUAUGACAUAUUUAAUUUGUUUAAUUUUAUUAAAAAAGAUGAUUUUUUAGGUGCCGAAAGCAUGGAAAAACCUCUGAUAAUUGUAGAUUUAGGAGGUCAGAAAGAUACUGGGAUUUUAGAAGGAACUUCACCAAGUGUAAAAGGGGCUUAUCCCGGUAGAUUAUGUAGUGGGAUUAGUGUAGGUAAGCAUAGAGGGGCAAUAAUUUUAUUGGAUGAAUUCGAAAAGGUGGCUGAUGAAGGAUUAGCUAUGAUGUUAGGUAAUGUUCUAGAUAUUAAGAAAAAUAAGGACUGA